UUCCCCACCAAAAUUAAACCUUCAAUUCUUCUCUGAUCUACAUAGACAUUAUAAUAUUCAGCCAUGGUGCUCUCCAAAACCGCUUCUCAGUCCGAUGUUUCCGUCCACUCCACUUUCGCCUCACGCUACGUCAGGUCCUCCCUCCCGCGGUUUACAAUGCCGGAGAACUCGAUCCCGAAGGAGGCGGCGUACCAGAUAAUCAACGACGAGCUGAUGCUGGACGGGAAUCCGAGGCUGAACCUGGCGUCGUUCGUGACGACGUGGAUGGAGGCGGAGUGCGAUAAGCUGAUGAUGGAAGCCAUUAACAAGAACUACGUCGACAUGGAUGAGUAUCCCGUCACCACUGAGCUUCAGAAUCGAUGCGUGAACAUGAUAGCGCGUCUGUUCAACGCUCCUUUGGGAGAGAGUGAGACGGCCGUUGGAGUAGGGACAGUUGGGUCGUCUGAGGCCAUAAUGCUCGCAGGCCUUGCCUUCAAGAGACAGUGGCAAAACAAACGAAGGGCCCAAGGAAAGCCAUGCGAUAAGCCCAAUAUUGUCACCGGUGCCAACGUCCAGGUGUGUUGGGAGAAAUUUGCAAACUACUUCGAGGUGGAGUUGAAAGAGGUGAAAUUGAGAGAAGGGUACUAUGUAAUGGACCCGGUUAAGGCCGUGGAAAUGGUGGACGAAAACACCAUUUGUGUGGCAGCAAUUUUGGGUUCAACCUUGAAUGGCGAAUUCGAAGAUGUCAAGCUCCUCAACGAUCUUCUUGUUAAGAAGAACAACGAAACCGGAUGGGACACGCCUAUUCAUGUGGAUGCAGCAAGUGGAGGGUUCAUAGCACCAUUUCUAUACCCAGAGCUGGAGUGGGACUUUAGGCUGCCAUUGGUGAAGAGUAUAAAUGUGAGUGGGCAUAAAUAUGGACUUGUGUAUGCUGGCAUUGGAUGGGUGAUUUGGAGGAGCAAACAAGACUUGCCUGAGGAACUCAUAUUUCACAUUAACUACCUCGGAGCUGAUCAACCCACUUUCACCCUCAAUUUCUCCAAAGGCUCAAGUCAAGUCAUUGCUCAAUAUUACCAACUCAUCCGCUUAGGUUUCGAGGGUUACAGAAACGUCAUGGAGAACUGUCGAGAAAACGCAAUCGUACUGAGGGAAGGGCUGGAGAAGACGGGGCGAUUCAACAUCGUGUCGAAGGACGAGGGAGUGCCAUUGGUGGCGUUCUCCCUCAAGGAAAACAAGAGACACAACGAGUUCGAGGUGUCGGAGAUGCUGCGCAGGUUCGGUUGGAUCGUGCCGGCGUACACCAUGCCGGCCGACGCGCAGCACGUCACGGUGCUGCGCGUGGUCAUCAGGGAAGACUUCUCCCGCACUCUCGCGGAGCGCCUAGUCCUCGACAUCGUCAAGGUCCUGCACGAGCUCGACACUCUUCCACCGCGCGUGAACCCAAACGCCCCCGCCAAGACGAGUAGUCUUGAAGUGCAGAGGAAAACGACUGAGGUUUGGAAGAAGUUUGUGAUGGAGAGGAAAGCUGCCGCUGCCGCCAUCUGCUAAUUAACUCGGAAUCUUUGAUUAACAGUCUCAUUUAUCUUAAAUAGAUUCUUCCUAAGGACAAUUAUGUUGUUAAUUAGGCCAAGAAAUUGUUUUGUGUAUGCUAUGUUUUGCAUUGUGUCGUGAAAAUUAGUUUUGGUAUACUAAUUUUGCACUUGAUGAGUGAGGUAUAUGUUGGAUAUUGCAAAGGUCAAUUUGGUUUAAUUUCUAAGACCUAUUUUAAUUCUUUAUUUGUUCCUCAA